UAUUGCAAUUUGUUUAGAUACGACGCGUCUUAUAUUCCUUAUAUGUUUCUAUCCACUAUGAAGAAAUGUUGUUACCGAAACAAACCAGUAUUACAAAAUUUCUUCAUAGUACACUAAACACUUGAAGGUCUACUUCUCAGUCGGUCGUCGACAGUCGACUUUAACAUGCGUGAACACGGCAUGAAGUUGUACAUAAACGAAUUCUCUAAAUGCGAGACUGAUGCCAGACUUGACGGGAAGGUGGCGCUGGUGACAGGUGCUACAUCCGGCAUCGGCCUAGAGACAGCCAAGAACUUGGCCAAACGUGGCGCUAAAAUCAUCAUCUCGAGUCGCAAUCCAGCGAAGCUAGCUAAAGCCAAGGAUGAGAUUAUCCAGUACGGGGGACAUACGAACGUCUUCUCAAGGCAAGUAGACUUUGAGUCUUUGUCGUCUGUCAGAGAAUAUGCAAAAGAGACUUUAGCGGUAGAACCACGGUUGGAUAUUCUGAUAAACAACAUUGGAGCUGUAGGUAUCAGAGAUGGUCUAACUGAAGAUGGUCUUCAUACUAUGAUGCAAGUCAAUUACUUCGGAGGGUUUCUGUUAACUUUUCUUUUAUUCCCGUUGCUAAAAGCGUCAGCACCGAGUAGAGUGAUUAACGUAUCCUCAAUCGCUGUUCUUCUUGGACAAAUUGACUUUGCCCAUUGGAAUGAUGUUGGCCAGUAUGCCAGCUUUGGUUUCUAUAGCAACGCGAAGUUAGCCCAACUGUUGUCUACUGUUGAGAUGAAUAAAAGGAUCGAGGGCAGCGGCGUCAGUAUCUACACAUUCGACCCAGGAAUGACGAAUACAAAUAUCGCCCGGUACUUCGAAAGCGAGUUUGUGAAGGGAUUUUUAAAAACAUUUGGAAGACGGCCGGAUGAUGUUGUGAAGUUGCCAGUAUUCUUGGCGGCAGAUCCAAACGUGGCUGACCAAAGUGGUAAACACUUUAGAGAUUGCAAGGAAUUUUACAGCAGUUGGUUUGCCAACGAUACAGCACUUACUAAAAGACUGUGGGAUGAGUCUAAAAGACUCGUUCGAAUUCAAGAACAAGAGGAUUGGGAAAUCGAAUAAGGUGAAUAAAUAUUGUGAAAGCUUG